CUCUAUAUACUGUAAAUCUAGAGCCCUCCAACAUCGACCGUUGAGGGAAACUUACAGAAUGAAUGUCAUUACAUUAAACCCUACUACUAUGUUUUGAUUUCUUUUCUUUUUUUGCUGGUUUUGAUUCUCUCUCUCUCUCUCUCUCUCUGUCUGUGCUGAUGAAAAGAUUGCUUGCUUUUUGUCCUUGUCUUUACCUCUCCUUUUCAUGGAUGCCCCAAUCUCUCUCUUUUUUUCUUUCUUUUUGAGUUUCUAGGUAAUGUGCAGCUGGUUCACACAUACAUGUUUUAUUCCAUUUCCAACCUACCCUUUCGGGUAUAAAUAGGGGACUCCCACUUUCACUUCUCUUCAUUGCAUACAUACAACUCCAUUUUACCAUACACACACCCAACAACCACAAUUCUUUCAACUUCAAAUUCAAGAAUGAGCUAUUCAAAUUCGUCAAUGGGCUCUGGAAGUAGAACAGGUAGAAGAACGUUUGAAUUUGGGAGGACAUAUGUGGUUAAGCCUAAAGGGAAACAUCAGGCUACAAUAGUUUGGCUGCAUGGCUUAGGUGACAAUGGCUCCAGUUGGUCACAACUUUUGGAAAGUCUCCCCCUUCCAAAUAUAAAAUGGAUUUGCCCGACUGCUCCGACUCGUCCCGUGGCUAUACUUGGUGGAUUUCCUUGCACUGCUUGGUUUGAUGUGGGAGAGCUUUCUGAAGAUUGUCCAGACGAUUUUGAAGGUCUAGAUGCCUCGGCAGCUCAUAUCGCUAAUUUGUUGUCUACAGAACCAGCUGACAUUAAACUCGGUAUUGGAGGCUUCAGUAUGGGUGCUGCAACAGCGCUAUAUUCUGCAACUUGCUUUGCACAGGGGAAAUAUGGGAAUGGGUACCCUUAUCCUGUUAAUCUGAGGGCCAUAGUUGGUCUAAGUGGCUGGCUUCCUGGUGCUAGGAGUGUGCGAAACAAGAUUGAAGGAUCACAUGAGGCGGCAAGACGUGCUGCAUCUCUGCCAAUCUUGCUCUCUCACGGACUCUGCGACGAAGUGGUUCCUCACAAACACGGAGAGUGUUCCUACCAAGCCUUGAGCCUAGCCGGAUUCCGCAAUCUAUCAUUUAAAACCUAUGAAGGGAUCGGUCACUACACGGUGCCUAAGGAGAUGGACGAGGUGUGCAAUUGGUUGAACACAAGGCUGGGGCUCUAGGAUUCUUGAUGGUGGGACUGAAGUUGAGGGGUGAGGACAGAGGAGCAAUAACAAGGGGAGAGCGUAGAUGAGUUAGUAGUUGGAAGCAGUGGGAUUGGAGAGUUAUAGAAGUUAGUAGUGAUUACAGUUUUGACUACUUGUUCACAGUAAAAUAAAGUUUUUGAAGUAUUUACUCUUUACUUCUCUCACCUGUAUAAGGAAUUUGUUGUGUAAUAUUCCAGUGAGUAUUUUGAUGUUGAUGAUAGUAUAUAUAUAUAAGGGCUUUUGGGAUGUUCA